UUCAGUAUUGUGUUCUGUAUAGUAAUCGUACCUACUAAUAAUUUUACUAAUUGAGAGUGUACUUACCAAUUUAUUUAUACAGUCAUUUGAAAUUUAUAAAUUUGUCUCACAAUGGUAUAAAACAUAUACAUUAUUCACUACCAUGUUCCUUGGUGGAAAUAAACUUGUCUUUCAACGAUUUAGAAUCUAUACAAUUGGACAUGUCCUCAAGUAUGUGUGAAAUACUUGACUUGUCGCAUAACAAACUAAAAUUGCUUGAUUUUUUAAAAAACGCCAAACAGUUGUCCGUAUUGGAUAUACAAGCUAAUAUGAUCGAUGAUGUACUGCAAAUAGAAUACAUAAAGACACUUACAAAUCUUCGCCUUUUAAAUGUCGAAAACAACGAUUUUCUCAAAUUAAAUAUUCACAAACAAUUGAUAUUUUCAAACAAUUUGCCUUUAAAAGCAACCAUUGAUCAAACAUUUAUAAAAAUUGAUGAACUGCAGCUGGUCAAUAUAUAUUCUGAAGAUUUGGAAUCAACUUUAGGGAACGAAUUACUGCAGUUUGAUAGUUUGGUUAAUUUACGUCAAAAAGAUUGUAAAAAAGAAGAAUCGUGGGAAUUAUUUUUGUUCAGGAUACUAUGCGAAGACAAUUUAAAAGUUACCUUUCCAAAUGUAGACAUUGCUCGUUUUCAAAAAUGA